AUGCCGGCGGUUCACAAGUAUAAUGUCGAUGAUGAAAUGGUCAAGCCGGUCGUCGAGGCAGCGCGAGACAAUGGACUAAUCGUUUCAAUCCAUUCAGGACCCGAAAAUUGCCACCCCACACGCAUUGGAAACGUGGCAAGCUGGGUUCCUGAAACUCCCGUCAUCAUGGAUCACAUGGGCUUUCCCGAUGAUCUUGAUGCGGGCAUCGAAGCCGCAAAAGCGAAUCAAAACAUCUCUUUAGGCACAACUAUCCUCCGAUUUCAUCGCCGUUGGGGAACCGAUCCAGACCAAGUCGUUCCCACCGAAGUAAAAAAAGCGGUUGAUGAGUUAGGACCUGAACAGAUUGUUUUCGGAUCUAAUAUGCCCGAAUAUCGUCCAAUCCAAGUUAUCAACGCUAUUCGUCGCCUUGAAUUGGGAGACGAUGCCGAAGUGCUGAUUUUUGGAGAUAAUUUGGCUCGGAUUUAUGGAUUGGCGUAA